GAAAAAGACACCGAAUCAUGUUUUGACUUUUUCGCCGCAGCAGCCGCAAUGUGUUCGAUCUGGAUUUUGCUCGUCUACCUCAACCUCGACGCCGUCACCGCCACUCAAAAACUGCAAAAGCACUUCGAGUGGAAAAUUUUAGAUUUCGUCUACCCGAGCGAAUCGGCAAAGCUCAAGGCGAUUUUCACCGGUCGACUGAAACCGGAAAAUGCGCUUCCGGUCGGCAUCGAAAUUUGGCAGGAGAAAAUGUUCGUCACGGUCCCUAGAUGGCGCGAAGGUAUACCGUCGACGCUGAACUACGUACCCCUGCACGCGACAGUCAAAGACCCUCCCCUCAUCCCGUACCCCGAUAUGGAAUCGAACGAGCUGGGCGACUGUCGUAACGGUCUGUCCACGGUGUACCGUAUCCACGUGGACGAAUGCGACAGACUGUGGGUGUUGGACACCGGCACCUUCGGCAUCGAAAAAACCACCCAAAACCCGUGCCCCUACGCCGUCAACGUGUUCGAUUUGAGAACCGACCGUAGGAUCAGAAGAUACGAGUUUCGACCCGAAGACACCAACAGUCGGACUUUUAUAGCGAACAUCGCCGUAGAAGUGGGUCGAACCUGCGACGACGCUUAUGCAUACUUCAGCGACGAGCUGGGCUACGGCCUCGUUGUUUACUCGUACGCCGACAACAAGUCCUGGAGGUUCGAGCACAGCUACUUCAUGCCCGACCCCCUCAAAGGCGACUUCACCAUCAACGGACGCAACUUCCAAUGGGGCGAGGAGGGCAUCUUCGGCAUGAGCCUGUCGCCGGCGCGAAAGAACGGCUUCCGCAUUUUAUAUUUCAGCCCGUUGGCCAGCGAGCGCGAGUUCGCGGUAUCCACCGAAAUCCUGCGCAAUUCUUCGCGAGUAGAAGACAGCUACCACGAUUUCUAUCAUUUGGAGGAGAGGGGACCGAACGGUCACACCACCGCGAGGGUGAUGACCGCCAAUGGGGUGCAGUUUUUCAAUCUGAUCGAUCGGAACGCGAUCGGCUGCUGGAAUACCCGGAACAGCUACGAGCCGAAGAACAUAGCGGUCGUCGACGAAGACGUCGAACAGCUGAUAUUCCCUUGCGACGUCAAAGUGGACCGAGACAAUUUGCUGUGGGUAAUGUCGGACAAGAUGCCCGAUUUCCUGCUAGGCGGCCUCGACUACAACGACACGAACUUUAGGGUAUUUUUCGCACCCGUCGACGUCAUGAUCAAAGACACGGUUUGCGAGACUAAAAAGGCCGUUGUCUACCCCAACCCCCUUCAAUUCGGCUACGAUCCCCUCGUGCACAAUUAUCCCAACGAUAUUCGCUACAUAAGUCGUCCCUUUUUCUCACCCUAUUUGUGAAUAACGGUUCUAAAUAAAUUGUUUCUAUUUCGUUCCGCUAUAUUUUGUGCGCGACGCAUCAUCAUCGACCUUUCUGCGACUUACAAAAUCUACACGUCUUAUGCGUCGAUAAUACAAUCCGCUGUUUUACCGACAUCGAUGGUAGACCAAGCAUUGUUUGGGACGACUAUAUAUC